AUGGGGGCGAGGAGAAUUGGGGGAGAGGGUUGUGGCGGGCCGAGGAAGCGCAGCGAGUGCCACCAUAAAGGGGACGGGGGCGAGGAGAUGGGUGGGGGAGGCGUGCUGUGGUCGUCCCUUCACCUGGACGGCCUCUGCUGCCCGCGCUGCCCCUUCUGCGUGCUCUUCCCCUGCCUCUCCAAGCUGCAGCAGAUCAGCAACCACUUGGAGCUGCUAAAGCCCAACCCCAGGGACCCUCCGGACAAGCAAGCAAGAGAUCUCGCUUUCGCCAGGCUGGCGCUGGCCGGCGAUGCUGACCUGGCGGGCGGCGUGCGGGAGGCGAGUGAUCUGCUGACACUUGGCAGUAGCGAGCACUGUGGGAAGCUGCGGGCACUGGAUCGGCUGUUAAACCAGUGGUGUGGGAGUGGGGAUAAAGUGCUGCUGUUCAGCCACUCGGUCAAAAUGCUGGACGUGCUUCAGCGGUUCCUAGAGGCCCGAGGGAUCUCAUUUUCUCGACUCGACGGCUCCACCUCCACUGCCACGCGACAGGCUCUCGUGCACGGUUUCAACUCCAGCCCUUCUAUACAGGUGUUCCUCAUUUCCACCAAGGCAGGAGGAAUCGGUCUCAACUUAGUUAGCGCGAAUCGGGUGAUCAUAUUGGAUCCCACGUGGAACCCGGCUCACGAUCUACAGGCUCAGGAUCGCUCCUUCCGAUUCGGGCAGACGCGGCACGUGUCGGUGUACCGGCUAGUGGCAGGAGGGACAGUGGAGGAGGUGGUGUAUCUGCGGCAGGUGUACAAGCAGCAGCAGACCAACAUCGCGAUCGAAGGGGCUUCAGAGCAGCGAUACUUCACUGGGGUGCAGGGCUUCAAAUCCCACCAGGGGGAGCUAUUUGGAGUGGCGAACCUGUUUCAAGACCGCAGCACGAGCAUUCUAUCAGCGGAGAUCAUUGGCAAGGCAGCGAGGCAACCGCAGAGGCAGCAACAGCAGGAAAAGCAGCAGGAGGAGCAGGGACGGGAGGAUGAGAAAGAAGUGAAUGUAGAUAGAAAGCGCCAGGAGGAGGUGGAAAAGAGAAGAAAUAAGAGUUCUGAAGCGCCCUCGGUUAUGAGGGAAAAGCCGCACUGUGAUUCGCAAAAGGACGAAGAUGAUCUGCUUGUGGUGCAGGUGCCUGAUGGUGGCAUCGCACCUGAAACACCUGGGGAGUCUCCUGAAUCACCUGGCAUAUCACCUGAAGCACCUGGGGAGCACAGGCUGGAGGGGAAUCCAGGAUUUGCGAGUGCAGAACGAGGCGAAGGGCUUGGCUUGGCAAGCAAGAGAGAGGAAUUGAUGGUGAAAGCCGGUAGGGUGAAGGGGAGGAAGGAGGAUGAGGAGGACAAUGGGGUGAGUGGGCUGGCUAGACUAGUAGAAGCGAGAGAGGUGCCUGGUUUAUGGACGCAGAAGGGCAGAGGGAAGGGACGUGUGAAGUGUGAGAGGAGGAAGGGGAGAAAGGAGGGUAGGGAGGGGGAAGAAGGUUUGGAGGGGAGAGGAGACAGGGAUGGGGAGGAGGAGGAAGAGGAUGAGAUUGAGGAUACUGGGGGGGAGAGUGAUGGUGUGAAGGGGCAUCAAGGAGGGCAGGAGGGGAUGAGUGGUCAUGCACAUGGCAUGGGGCAUGAUGCACAUGGCAUGGGGCAUGAUGGUCAUGAUGCACAUGGCAUGGGGCAUGAUGCACAUGGCAUGGGUCAUGAUGCACAUGGCAUGGGUCAUGAUGCACAUGGCAUGGGGCAUGAUGUACAUGGUAUAGGUCAUGAUGACUAUGGCAUGGGGUCGAUACCAGACGAGCUUCUUGAUGCUGGUGUGGCAUACACCCAUGUGAAUGAUGACGUCAUCAGGGGCCACCAUGGCUCCAGGACCGUCACGCCAUUGGCUGCUGCAUUUUUGGAUGAUCAUUCAACCACCGAGCCCCGCCCUUUGUCUCGCCCUCCUCCUGCCUCGGUCAAGCCCUCCACUUUGUCACGUUCAAUAAAGGAACGGGUUCAGACGGCAGGAUCAGUGAAGAGGAAGAGGAGUGGGGCGAGGACGGGAGUUGGGGGCAAGUGUGGAGUGGUGGCCGAGGGUGUUGGUGGAAGGAAGAGGAAGGGAGAUGCACACAAAGAGCAGCAAAAGAAAACGGAUUCUCGGAAAAGGAGUAGAGAGGGAGGAGAGGAGGCUUCGGCAAGGCGACAUCCACCACGGCAGCUGCUUAAGCAACGAGUAGAGACGGUUGAGAAGUUUGAGGGGCAGGAGACAGCGGAGAGCAGUGCGGAGGACAUGGAGCUUCCGAUAGGGAGUGGCGGAGGAAUCGAGGAGCGGAGCGGAAUGGCCGCGCAGGAGAAUGACAUCGUCAGCGAUUUCCUCCUCGAGUCGCGGAUGAGCCGCGGAAUUGGCAACGACGGCGGUCUGAGCCAGCUUCCCCCGGGGGCGGCCGCGGCACUGCGCGGGGCGCUGCGGUGGGCUCCGCCCGCUCCGAAGAACGACGAACCCAAGCGGCUGAAGAUCAACCUGGACCUUGACAUUUACCGCGCGCGCAACCUGUUCCGCAUUGGGAAGGCGCAAGACGCGGAAGGGCUCAUGCGCAAGGCUGUGCGCGACUGGCCGGACGACGGGCGCCCGUACGUGGUGCUGGGACGCAUGCUCCAGCGGAAGGGCAGGCUGGGAGAAGCGCGCGGAGUCUUUGAGGAUGGCUGCCAGGCGCUGGGCGGGGAUAACGCGUUCAUUUGGCAGACCUGGGCUGUGCUGGAGGCGCAAGCAGGCAACGUGGAGAAGGCUCGAAAGCUGUUUGAUGCUGCCACGGUGGCAGAUGAGAGACACGUGGCAGCAUGGCAUGGGUGGGCGGUGCUGGAGCUGAAGCAGGGGAAUGUGCGCCGGGCGAGGGAGCUGCUGCAGAAGGGGCUCAAGCUGUGCGGCGGGAACGAGUACAUAUACCAGACUCUCGCAGUGAUGGAGGUGCAGAGCGGGCGAGUGGCAGAGGCAAGGGCGCUCUUCCUGCAGGCCACACGGAUGAACGCCAAGAGUGCCGCCAGCUGGCUGGCAUGGGCGCUGCUGGAGGCUCAGCAGGGAGAUGGCGCCUCUGCCCGCCUGCUCUUCCAGCGUUCUCUGAAUGCCAGUCCCAAGAACCCCUACACAUGGCAGGCGUGGGGGCUGUUUGAAGCAGCGCAGGGGAGGUACGACCGGGGGAGGUUGCUGCUGCAGCGGGGGGCGCAGCUCAACCCCAAGGACGCCGCGCUGCUGCAGGCGCUGGCUCUGCUGGAGUAUGAGUGCGGCUUUACAGGGACAGCAAGGGAGCUGUUCAGCCAGGCUUCUCUUGUUGAUCCCAACCACCAGCCUGUGUGGACGGUGAGUGGAGUGCGGUGCAGAAGGGUGCUAAGGAGGCAUCGGGAUGGGUGGAGUGGAAGGAGGAAUGAGAGCUGUACCUCCUUCAAUCCUCCCCUUCCUUCUUCCCCUGCCUCCUUCAAUCCUCCCCUUCCUUCUUCCCCUGCCUCCUUCAAUCCUCCCCUUCCUUCUUCCCCUGCCUCCUUCAAUCCUCCCCUUCCUUCUUCCCCUGCCUCCUUCAAUCCUCCCCUUCCUUCUUCCCCUGCCUCCUUCAAUCCUCCCCUUCCUUCUUCCCCUGCCUCCUUCAAUCCUCCCCUUCCUUCUUCCCCUGCCUCCUUCAAUCCUCCCCUUCCUUCUUCCCCUGCCUCCUUCAAUCCUCCCCUUCCUUCUUCCCCUGCCUCCUUCAAUCCUCCCCUUCCUUCUUCCCCUGCCUCCUUCAAUCCUCCCCUUCCUUCUUCCCCUGCCUCCUUCUUCCGCAUUCCCUCUCCUCCUCCUGAUCCUCCCUGUCGGUCUACCAGGCAUGGGGGUGGAUGGAGUGGAAGGAGGGGCGGGUGCAGCGAGCAAGGGAGCUCUACCAGAGAGCAGUGGAGGGAAAUGACUCCUCGCCCAACGCUGCCAGAGUGUUCCAGCAUGCCUGCUCAUCACCUUUACUGCACUUCUCCCUCCUGUUCCCACCCUCCUCCCAUUCCCUCAACCCCACAGGCAUGGGCCGUGUUGGAGGAGCGGGAGGGGAACAUAGGCCUGGCAAGAGCGCUGUUCAAAAGAGCACUGGCAGCAGAUUCCGGCAACUCGGUGGUGUGGCGCUCGUGGGCCGCAAUGGAGGAGAGGCAGGGGAACGCCGUGCGGGCGGAGGAACUUCGGUUGAUGCGCCUUCAGCAGCGCACUGAAGUGGUGGAGCCGACCUCAUGGGACCUAGGGGGAAUCAUCGGGCCAGCCAUCGACCGCAUGAAAGCCCUCUUCAGCCCCACACGCCCCAUGCCAUUCUCCUCCUCUCGAGCCGACGUCUCAAGUAGCAGCAGCAGCAGCAACAGUGGUAGCAGCGGUGACAGUAGCAGCAGGGAGGGUGCCAGCAGCAGUGGUGCUGCAGCCGGGGAGGCAGAGGGGGGUUCUGCUGCUCUCCUGGACGAGUAUGGGGAUGAGGUGGAGGAAUUUGACGUUGAUGGUUUUUUGGCUGCCCGGCUUCCAAAACAAUUUUCCAAGCUGUUGGAUGAUGUGGAUGGGGUCGGGAAGAGCAUUUGGAGGAAACCAGUUAGUGUUGAGGGCAUGCGACAGAGAAGGUUUACAGGGGAGUUUGAGAAGGAAGCAGAUCCAGGAGUGAGGGAGGCGACUUGA